AACGAAUUAAGCACGCGAGGGGGUGAUGGAGAACUUCAGGCCGACGUUCCAAUAGGCGCCGGGGAACGUUCGGUGACGGUCCGGGGGACGGAGUCUUUGGUUAAACUGGUUGUCAUCUGUAUAACGUGAAAGGAGCGUGAAGUUUUGGCGUGGAGACGAUCUAAUAAAGUGGACAGUCACGAUUGCCUGGAGGAUCCUGUUUCUUUGAGAGCAAUGAAACGGCUUUUUUCUGUUGAGCCUAUUGUUGCUCUUUAUAUGUUGGCUAAUGUGGCAGGUUCUAUCUUAAUUCAGCAGUAUAUUUAUCGUAAGAUAUGGGAGAAUGAAACUAACAGCAGCUACAUUGAGAAUGAAAAUAGUUCAAACUGCUACCAAAAUGACAGUAUCUACUCGAAACAACAGGUGGUCCAGGAAAAAUCUUCUCACUAUUUUAUGACUAUGAAUUUGGUACAGUUUUUUCCUGGCCUAAUUAUCACCUUGGUAUUGGGUGGAGUCAGCGAUCGCUAUGGACGCAAACUAUUUGUCCUCCUUCCUUCUAUUGGUGCUCUGAUUAACAGCCUAGCUAAUUUAGCAGUGGCCUAUUUUUCUUGGUCUCUUUAUAUCCUUUUUCCAUCAGUGAUUCUCACUGCAUGUUUUGGUGGUCCCGCAGCUUUAUUUGCUGGAGCUUUUGCUUAUGUGGCAGAUGUUUCUUCCAAUAAGCAGAAGAAUAUGCGCAUGGCGUUGCUCGAUAUGAUUUUAGGAGUAAUGGGUGGCAUAGGGGCACUAUCAUCUGGAUACUACUUAAAGGCAGCAGGCUUUAAUUGGCCAUUCUUGACCAUUACCUUGAUUAAUCUGGCCAAUAUUGUUUAUAUCAUCUUCUUCUUUGAAGAGAGUGCUCAGGUGCCAAGAACUGAGCAAGACCAAAUAUCAUUCUCUGACAAAUUCAAAGAAAUAUUAUCCAGAAUAUUUAUUAUUUUUACUAGUUCUGAUUUCAGAAAAUGUGUCCAGAUUGGUUUAUUGCUUCUUGCUCUUUCAACAUUUGCUCUUGCUGAAUUUGGUGCUUUAGGACUUUAUACUCUCUAUGAAUUAAAUGCACCUCUUUGUUGGAAUGAAAUUCUGAUUGGAGCUGGCUCUGCAACUGACUUAGCCAUAUUUUUGCUGAGUUUUUGUGGAGUGACAAUAUUUUCCUAUCAUCUUGGAGACAUUUUUAUCAUUUUUAUUGGAAUACUUUCCUUUGUUGGAGGAAUGAUCAUGGCUUUCUUUGCCACAACUACUCUGCUCAUGUUCUUGGUGAGACUGGUUUCUCUCUUUGCUUUCAUGCCAUUCCCUGUCCUAAGAUCAAUGCUGUCCAAGUCAGUUUUGCCCAGUGAUCAAGGUGCUCUUUUUGCCUUAGUUGCUUGCCUUGAAAGUCUAAGUGGUACUAUUUCCACCACAAUUUUCAAUAAUGUUUAUGCUGCAACUGUUGAACAAUUUGCAGGGUUUGUCUUUUUGCUGGCGGCUUGCUUAUGCCUCAUUCCAUUUGGCAUUUUGUGUGUUCUGUUUUGGUGGAAACCUGAAGAGGAAGAGUACACCAGACUGAUUACAGAAGAAGAAAGCAGUUAGUUCUCAUGCAUUCUUUCACUUAGAUUACAAAAAUUAUUAUGUGAUGAUUUACCACUUUUAGAGCCUCAUUACGAUUCAGGAUAUCUGUAUGUUCCUAUUUUUAGAAAUAUAAUUACUUGCCUGGAACAAUCCUUUUGGUAAUGGAAGGUACACAAAAAGUUAAAUAAUCAACCUGUUUUGAAAUACAUAAACUUCCUAGGACCCUGUAAAUAAAAUAUAAUGCAUCAGGUUGGAAGCAAAAUACUGCAGAUGCUAGAAAUCUGAAAAAAAGUCUUAUUUGUAGAAAAGUGAAAAAUGGAUAUAAAUGUUGUCACUAAGUUCGUAUUAUAAAAUGUAAUUGUCAGGCAGACCAUGUAGUGCUGAAUUUAGGGUUUUGAUCUUUUGUAGCCCUGAGCCAUUUUCUUGAAGUGAAGCAUCUGCCUGAUUAAGAAGUUUGAGGGGUAAUUGAAUCCAGAACUAGAUUGUAUCUGAGAUGCAGAAUCUAGGCCAGUUAGUUGUGAAAUCAGGAAAGUUUUUCCACACAACAUAGUGGAAACCUGCAGCAGACUAGCCUAAAAGGGUGUAGAUACUGGAUCAAUUUCAAUUAAUCAAAUCUAAACUGAAUAGCAAGGGAUAUGGAAAAGAGGAUGUUAAAUGUUGUUGCAUUAAAAAUUGGCCAUAAUCAAAUAAUAAUCUGAAAUAAAUUCAGGGCAUGAAUGAUCAUAGUAACAAGGUUGGGCAAGCCAGUUAGUAAUCUGAAGAACCUCAAGCACAACCAUUGCUUGUCCAUAAACUCCACAGCUGUAGGUUCAAUUCCAAUUUCAAGAGUCUGGAACAUAAACCAGGUCAAUUUUGCAGCGUUGGAUCACUCAUUGAGCAGAUGGAUCUCAGUUUAGUCAACUGAAUAUCCAAGAUUCUACAGCACCAUAUUGUAAAUUUUGUCUAUAUUCUCGAUUCUGGAUGAAGUCCUUCCCCCCCCAACCAGUACAACAAAAACAGAAUAAUUGAGAGAUGGGGUAAAGCUCUAUGUGUGGACAAACAUUUCUCAGUUUUGUGAAAUGCAUGAUAUUUUUGAGUAUUUCACUAACCACAACAAUAUUGCAAUGAAGUUACAAAGUGUCAUGAGUGCUGAUGAUGUAAUCGGGUGUUAAGAAGUACAUGUUUUACUGAUCAUCUGGCUGUCAAGAUAUCACUGGUUAAGGCAUUUUGACUGGAUAUAUGUAAAAUUCAUCUCUUUUAAACAUGUCAGAGUUUUAGACAAUUUUCUGCUCCUGUGUCUGUGUGCAGCAGUGCUGCUGUUCUAAUAAUAACCAAGAUGCAACAGUUUUGAUUAUUUCUACUUUAAUAGACAUAGGAGACUUUUUACAAACAAAAAUGCAAUACUAAAGUUCUUUUCAAAAAACAAUGUUAGUUCCUUGAUUGCAAAUUUUCAUUGAUAAACUUGUGUAAAAUGGUUUCUGUUUUGCUCACUUUAAGCAGUUCUCAAAUUAAAAUAUUUAUCAACAGUACACC